AUGGCCAGAGACUUGCCUCAUCCGCCCGUAACUAGACGGAAAAUUCUGCGUUUCAAGUUCCUGAUACCAUUUGUUCUGGUUCUUUCCGUGUCUGUUAUUGCUGUCACCCAGUACUUCCAAAGUAUCUCCUACCUUCUAAGGCCACUGUGGGACACAGCACCUAAACCAUUCACCCGCAUCCCACACUACUAUGCCCCCAAUAUCUCCAUGGCCCAGCUGUGCCAACUCCAUGGCUGGGGCAUCCUCCCCGCCCCUCGCCGUGUCUUUGACGCCGUCCUCUUCAGCAAUGAGCUUGAUAUUCUGGAAAUCCGGUACCGUGAGCUCCUUCCAUAUGUUGACAGGUUUGUCCUCCUUGAGGCCAAUUCCACCUUCACUGGUAUCCCCAAGUCACUCUCCUUUUUUGAAAACUUCAGCCGUUUUGGAUUUGCUGGAUCAAAGAUUGUCUACGACAUGCUUUCUAUUGGAGAGCUAGAUACUGGUCCUCGUCGGCAACCGUUCCAUGUUGAGGCCUAUCACCGCCGUUCACUUAAUAUGCUGAUACGAAGAUCAGGUAUUGCUGCCGGUGAUAUCCUGAUCAUGGCUGAUGCUGAUGAGAUCCCUACCCCUGAGACUGUGCAGCUGCUCAAGUGGUGUGAUGGAAUACCACCAGUCGUGCACCUUGAGAUGAAGAACUACAUGUACUCCUUUGAAUUUCCUGUGGAUGACAACAGCUGGAGAGCGACGGCACAUGUGUACAAUGAGCGCACAUCAUAUCGCCACUCCCGUCAGAGCAACUUAAUCCUGGCUGAUGCGGGCUGGCACUGCAGCUUCUGCUUCAGGAACAUCAAGGAGUUUGUUUUCAAGAUGAAGGCAUACAGCCAUGCAGACCGAGUGAAACAGAAAAGCUUCCUAAACCCAGACAGAAUCCAGAAGAUCAUAUGUAAUGGGGACGACCUGUUUGACAUGCUACCUGAAGAGUAUACAUUCACUGACCUCUUCAAGAAGAUGGGGCCGAUACCCAAGUCAGCAUCUGCCGUGCAUCUGCCUUCCCAUUUGAUCAAGAACGCAGACAAGUUCAAGUUCUUGCUUCCUGGUGGGUGCUUGAGAUCAGAGUAG